CGUGAAAAUUGCUUGAAGCGAUAACCUUCAUAAAGGUAUUUACUAGUUAUUCAACCAUCAUUCACAGCACACUCAUAUUUAUUGUAUUAAUUAGGAAUUGUGUGGCAUGCCCUAAACAAUGAAGGAAGCAUAUUUUUUGUUCUGGAAGAAAUUUUCAAAGUGUUAAACGCACAGUGCAUUGUAUAACGUUUUCUACGUGAAGUGCGAAUAAUUGACCUAUGACUUGACGCCAAUAAUGUGGAAAUACAGGUAGAUUGGACAUGUAAACAAUCGGAUCGGACCAGCUGAUAAAUAUCUCUAUAAGUGUUAAUGCAAAAACAAACCAUAAGAAGUCAUGGCAGCCCUAAAUCAGAGCAGAGGAAAGUGUUCUUGUAGAGCUACAAAGGUAUUUUUAACAAAUAUUUUACUGUUAAGCUUACUGACCGUCGUAGCAGCUACGCCAAGUUUACCACAACCCAACAAAACCCAGACAAUAGAUGUCACAAACAACAAUCUCACAAGAGUCAGAAAUGUUUCCAUGGAAAGUGGAAAUUUUGGUUGGGAAGACUACAGCGUGUUGGCGGUGAUGUUGAUAGUUUCGUGCGGAAUCGGUGUAUUCUAUGGCUACUUUGGUGAAAAACCUACCACCGGUGACGACUUUUUGUUGGGAGGAUCAUCGAUGGGAACAUUUCCAAUGUCGCUGAGUCUCGCAGCUAGUUUCAUAACAGCAAUAGAGCUGUUGGGAAACCCUGCGGAGAUGUAUAUGGCGGGUGCGCAGUUCUGGAUGAUUUGUGUCGCCUUUGUGCUCGUCGUGCCCAUCGCCAGCCAGUUGUAUUUGCCCGUUUUUAUGCGCUUGCGACUCACUUCAUGCUACGAGUACUUGGAAGUGCGGUUCUGCAAGUCUAUUCGAGUGUACGCUAGUGUACUGUACAUGCUGCAGAUGAUCCUAUACACAGCUGUAGCCGUGUAUGCGCCAGCGCUCGCACUUUCCGAUGUUACGGGACUGAAUACGUAUUUGGCGGUGACGUUGGUUUACGUCGUGUGCAUAUUUUACGCUUCACAGGGUGGUAUGAAAGCCGUGAUAAUGACGGACUCGUUCCAAUCGGCCGUGCUGCUGGGCUCGCUGGGCGCGGUGCUGGCGCUGGGCGCGGCCGGCGUGGGCGGGCUCGACGUGGCGUGGGACUACGCCGCCCGCACCGAAAGACUGCACUUUUUCGACAUGAACCCAGACCCGACGGUGCGGCACUCGUUUUGGUCUGUCGUGGUCGGAGGGACCAUGUACUGGACGAGCAUGUUUUGCGCCAACCAAGCUUCGGUGCAAAAGUACCUGUCAGUCGAACGCAUCAGCCAAGUGCGAGUCGCGCUAUGGGUCUCCGCCUUCGGCUUGAUAGCGGUGUACUCCGUGAAUUUCGUCACCGGGGUCAUCCUCGCAUACCAUUAUUCCGAUUGUGAUCCCAUUCAGGCCGGAAUUACUAAAGGAUCCGAUCGUAUCCUGCCGUUGUACGUGAUGCAACAGCUUGGCAAGUACCGGGGCAUGCCAGGAUUCUUCGUUGCUGGAAUUUUCGCAGCCAGUCUUGGAACAGUGGCUUCGGCUUUGAACUCUUUAGCUGCUAUAGCAUGUCAGGAUUUAGUGACAGGGCUCCUUGGAAUAAAGCUACCGGAAGAUAAGGGAGCUAUGAUAGCACGAUGGGUGUGCAUCGCGUGUGGCGCGGUGUCGUUCGGGCUUGUAUUCGCGGUGGAGCGCCUAGGGCCUGUGCUGCAACUGGCACUGUCCUUCAACGGGAUGGCAGGCGGUGUUUCGCUGGGCCUCUUCACCCUUGGCAUGCUGUUCCCUUGGGCUAAUGCUAAGGGUGCGGUGGCUGGCGGCGUGUUUGGUUUACUGCUGGUGGUGGUGGCCGGCGGCGGCGCACAGCUGGCCCAAGUGACUACUCCUGGCCUGCCAGCCUCCACCGAAGGCUGCAUUCUUCCAGAUAACUCAACAAUCCUCUUGACUCCUGGCAAUGCUCAGGACGAAGCUGUCUUCUGGCUGUUCCGUGUCUCAUACCUGUGGUACUCCGGGCUAGGCUGCGUCGCCACAGUGCUCGUCGGGCUCCUGGUGUCGGUCAUCACCGGCGUCACGCACCCGGCCCACGUACCAAUUGACCUUAUAUCGCCGCCCAUCGUAGCACUACUCAAUUCCUUACCAAAUAACAUGAAGAAAAGUCUGCGUGUGUCAACUCGGCUGGGGUCAGAAAGGCGUCGCAGUUCCAGCGUGCGGCCGCCCAGCAUGUCCGACGACAAAGACACGCGCAGGCGCCGCCGGCUCUCCGAGCUUGCUGGCGGAGUGUUCUACAGCGACGCGCCCACGCUCACGCGCGGCCUCGACAACCCCGCCCUCGGCCUAGACUCAGAGAAACCACCCCCAGACGAAUACCACUUCAAUAGCUUCAAACUAGAACCCACAUCCAACGGGCACACUUCCAACUUUUCUUAAUUAAUUUGUAUAUUCACUUAAAUACAGGUACUUAGUAGCGUUAAUAGCUUCACAUCUGUAUCCCCAUAAAUGCACCACACUGUGCAGGUGUAAAUUUUUAAUUUAUUCGCGGUAGAUUAUGUAAUUGUAUUGUGUGUGUGAAUAUUAGAAUUUAAGCAAUAUGUUAUCUUUGUGACAGUAAAUAAUUUAUAUCAUAAGUUCACUUGAUUCCGGAGCAGGAUGUGGUCAACGCCCCGUUAGUCAGAGAUGAGUCAUUCGUUGCCCUAUACUAAAAAACGGCCAAGUGCGAGCUAUCGUGUGCAAAAGGUUCCGAAAAUUAAUUGUUUACCGCACAUAUAUCAUAAAAUUUGGCCUAUUUAAAGAAACGAGAUCUAUGACACUAAGCUACUCCAUUUUACUAAAUAUUCUAUUCAAAAAAUUAUUACUUACUGAUAAAAACAGUUGCGUAAUGAUCUUUAAAAUUUUAUAAAAAUAAUACAGAUAUCCCCGUUAAAACCUGCAAAACGAAGAACGUAAUUUGCGAUAAAAAUGUUUAGACUAGAAUCCAACUACUUGUAUGUGAUAAAUCUACACACUUUAUUCAACGGACUGUUGGCGCUGCUGUUAUGUUAUAGUUCGCGACUUUAGUUUAAUUUGUAACAAUGCGAAUGCGUAGAAUAUUUCGAUAAUUUGUUAUAAAUAUUUAAAAAUAAAUUAUUUUAUAAA